AUGUCAUAUCAGACUUAUCCUCCUUAUCAACAACUGGGCUCCUAUUACCCUCCUCCCCAACCCCAAUCCCAACUACAUCAACAACAUUUACAACCCCAGCCCCCUCAUGACCCUUUCCGAGCAUAUUAUGCAGAUCGAUUGAGACAGCUUACAUUCAACUCUCGUCCGAUUAUCCAGGAUCUUUCGAUGAUGGCUGGAGCACAACGAGAUCAAAAUAACUGGGAAGGAAUGAACACUGUCGUUCAAGAGAUUGAAGCGGCCGUGCUCAGGGCACUGCCAAAUCAAAAAUUACCUUUACUAUAUUUAAUCGAUUCUAUUUCGAAAAAUAUUGGUCCACCUUAUACAACUCAUUUGUUACCACCUGUCAUCCCUCGACUUUAUUUGAGGACGUAUAGAGAAGUUGAUGGUGUGACCAAAGCUAAAAUGGAAGAAAUGAUCAAUCUUUGGAGAUCAGGUGGACCCAAUAGAACUGAAUUAUAUGGAAUAGAAGUUAGAGAAUCGAUCGAAAGAGAAAUUUUCGGUUCGUCAGGUGUAGGUGGUGGUAUCGGCGGUGGUGGAUUGGGAGGACGUAACAAUUUGAAUGUACCUUUAUUACCUAGUUUACAACAAGUUAAAAAAACUGUACAAACUGCCUUAGAUAAUAAACAAAAAGAAGCUGCAUCAAAAGCAUGGGAUAUGGCCACAGGUCAACAGGUGAACGCUUUAACUGGUAUUUUGAAUUUGUUAAAUCAAACAAGUGUUUCUCCAAACGAGUUGGUUCAAAUCAUGGAACAAGUAAAAUCAAUAGCUUCUUCUCAACCACAACCACAACCACAACCACCACUAGCUCAACCCGUAUAUUCACCACCUCAAUCAAUCCAACAACCUGCUACACCAAAUUGGGGUGCGCCGAUACCAAAUACACCGUCAAAUAUCCCUCAUUUCCCUCAUGCAUUCCCUGGUAACAACGGUAGACAAAUUCCUCCUCAGAUUAGACAAAAUUAUGUGUCCAACAUACCUACUCCUCCUCAAGUAAACCUCAAUACUCCUCUACCGGGUUCCGUUACACCUGUUCCAGCACCCAACCCUGUAUUGCCUGCUGCGAUUUCCAUGCCAUCAAUCGCGAAUUUGCCCAUUGACGUUUCCAAAAUACUAAACAGUCUAAACAAGUCAGGUGUUGUAAGCCAAAACAGAACUCCUGAACCUCAAGCACCACCCCCUCCAGCGCCUAAAUCCGGUCUAGAUUCAUACGAAGAUAUGAUUCUCAGCAUGAAUAUCAGUCUACGGUCUAUCGACUUGAACGCUAUUCACGUUUUAUCAUUUGACCAUUUACCUCACCGAUGUAAACAGUGUGGGAUGAGAUUUGCGGGUGAUGAUUCGAAAUUUCAAGCUCAUAUGGAUUGGCAUUUCAGACGUAAUAGGAAAGAACGCGAGGCAGCUGGUCGGGGUGCCCACAGACGUUGGUUACCUCGUGCAGAAGAAUGGAUAAACGAUACAUUUGCAUCUGACAACGAACCUGGACCGUCUUCAUCGACGAUUAAUAAUUCACCCGGUAAAACUUCAAAUACAGCUACAGUGUCAGCGGAGAGAUUAUCUCAAUUGAGACAAAAAUGGGUCAAAGUUCCGCAAGAUAGCAAAAAGGCUUUAGCCGUUUGUCCAGUAUGUAAAGAAUCUUUCGUGAAAGAAUGGUCAGAAGAUGAUGAAGAGUGGAUAUGGAAGAAUGCUCUGAAUAUAAAUGGCACCAUAUAUCAUGCAACUUGUCGUGCUGAGCAAUUGUCAGCUAUGAGGAGACUGAAAGGCACGGAUCCAAAUAGACGAAGUAAUAGCGGAAGUCCAAGAUUGACUCCGCAACCUGAACAAGAUCAAGCUCAAAUCCAAGUCAAAUCGGAAAUGAUCGCUCAAGCUAAUCAAGCCCUCCAAGCUAACCAAGUUGCCGUCGCACAAGCGAAAAGAAAAGCUGAGGAAGAAGAGGACAAGACGGAUGAGGGUGCUGAGAGCAAAAGAGUCAAAGUUGAACCUGAAUCUCAUGAAGAGGAUCAAACGAUGGCUGAAGAUGAGAAACAAGAGGAGAACGUACAAGAUAGAGUAUCGGAAAAGGUGAAAGAUGAGAGAGAGGAGGUUCAAGAAGACAAAGAGGAAGAUGCGAAACCUGAUCCUCAUGAUGAUGUACCAGAGCUUGAGCCGAAGCGAGAGGUUGAAAUGGCAGUGAUAUCAGCUAUCUAA